CCCCCAGGCCCUCCAGGAGCCUUGGGGCCACCUGGUUUCCCUGGGGCUGAAGGACUUCCAGGGUCUCCAGGCUCAGCUGGACCAGAAGGACCCCCAGGGGCACCCGGACUCCCAGGGCCUCAGGGUCCCCCUGGGGUUCCUGGGCACGAAGGACCCCCUGGUCCCCCAGGAUCUGCAUCACUCCCUGGAAAACCAGGGCUCCGGGGGGAGCCAGGAUUCCCAGGACCAAAGGGUGACAAGGGCGAGUACGGGCUGCCAGGCAUGCCAGGGAGCCCUGGCCGGACCGGAGAGCCGGGAUCCCCAGGCAUGCCCGGUCCCAUGGGCCCACCAGGACCACCAGGGGACUACAGGUGCGACUCACGCCACGCUGGACACCGAGGAUUGGCCGGGCUGCCGGGCCCCAAGGGAGAAAAGGGUGACCCUGGAGAGCCGGGGUGCUGCUAUGGGGAUCACAGGUGCAAACCAGGCCACCUCCCCUUCCCCAGCACUGGCAGCCAGCCCGGCUCCUGGGGGUCCAUCAACAGGUACCAGACGGAUAGCAAAGAGGAACCAGAGAUCUAUGGAGCGAUCAUCCCCCAUGGUCUUCAAGGUCCCCCCGGGAACCCCGGCCCUCCUGGGCCCCCCGGCCCCCCUGGCCCACCAGGUCUCCUCUACUUCAACAGGGUGCACCCUGUGCAUGCCCAGCCACCCUGCAAGCAGCCGGUAAGCCACGGCCUCACUGUCCCCAAGAGUGUCCCCGUCCCCCUCCCUGUGCCCAGCAGCAGACACAGGCUCCGCUUCCCCUCACAGGCAUCUGCAGACCGCAGCUGGCCAUCAGUUCCCAUGGGAGCACCCAGGACCGAUGCUGGGACACCUUGUGACCCCCCACCAUCUCUGGGCUCUCCAGAUGCUGGUGUCCCUCAGACAGAGCCAUCGGACUCCCGUGCUGAUCUCCGGCGCCAGACGUGGGUUUUCAAGUCCAAGGAGCUGAUGGUGAAGGCGAGCAGUGCUGUGCCCGAGGGGAGCCUGGUCUAUGUGCGGGAAGGGAGCAACGCCUUCCUCCGGACCCCCACUGGCUGGAGCCGCCUCCUGCUGGAGGAUCCAAAGUCCUUCUUGGCUGGUGAUGACCCUUCUGCCUCCACCCCACAGUACCAGGAGGCAAAGAGGGUGCAGCCAAGAGGCCCCAACACACUGUCACCAAUGCAGUCUCCAACAGACUCACUGAUCCAGAAGGAGGAGGAGGAACAAGGGCUGCCCCAGAUUCUGCCAACCACCAUUGCCCCACGGAUCCCAUCUCUCCGCCUGGCUGCCCUCAACGUGCCCCUGCCCGGUGACAUGAGCGGGAUCCGGGGCGCUGACCUGCAGUGCUACCGGCAGUCACAGGAGGCCGGGCUCUACGGCACCUUCCGGGCCUUCCUGUCAGCCCCCAGCCAGCAGCUGGUGUCCAUCGUCAAGCGGACAGACAGGACCCUCCCCAUCAUUAACUUGAAGGGGCAGCUGCUGGCCAAGUCCUGGGGCUCCCUCUUUGGGGGUCAGGCUGGUGCCACCCUGCAGGGUCCCAUCUACUCCUUCAACGGGCGCGACAUCCUGACAGAUCCGCUCUGGCCCCGCCGGCUGGCCUGGCACGGCUCCACUCCACGGGGUGGCCAUGCCCGCCGCUGGGAUUGCCAGGGCUGGCGCAGCAGCUCUGGCACAGCCGAGGGCAUGGCCACUGCUCUGGGCGAGGGCCGGCUGCUGGCUGGGCACCGGCACAACUGCUCCACACCGCUGGCCGUGCUCUGCGUCGAGGUGGCUUUUCCUUACCGGCACAUGUGGUGACAACGGUGACACCCAACCAUGUGCUCCAGGCAUUCCUCCAGCCCUGUGUGGCUGCAGAAUGUCCUUGGGAGCACCAUGGGUGGUGUCUGAGCUGUGCUGGAGCACUGAGGGGACAUCGGAUCCACAGCCAGGCUGUGCCAUCCCACGGAUCCCUGUGCCAUGGGGCAAAGCUAGGCUGUGCCUGCAGCCUCCCACCCCCACUGGAGCCAACAGU